AUGGCGCGUCAACAACAUCGAGCGUGGCUCCUGGUGGCUGCGCUGUUUGCAAGUACAAGCUCAGCGGCCACAAACAACAGCGUUCCGGCGCCAGUAUCUAUACCUCCUAGCGAGUAUUGGGACGGUAAUGAUGGGCAAUGGUCAACGUUUCAGAUUGAGGUGGGAACGCCAUCUCAAUUGGUCCGACUACUUCCAAGCACCUCUGCAUCUGCCGGGACCUCAAUAUGGGUAGUCUUACCUCAAGGGUGCUCAGAAGCAAAUCCAGAACUUGUGUACUCUACCUGUGCUAAUUCUCGAGGCAAUCUGUUCUCGAGUAACGAGUCAACGACCUGGUCAACAAAUCGACUAGCGAACAAUGGCCUCUAUGAGUUGGAUACUUACGAGGAGUCUCAGCUCGGACUCACUGGCAAUGCGGACUAUGGCUUCGACAGUAUUGGUCUUCUACCUGGCUCUUCCAAUGCGAUCGCGAGUACUGAGCUCAUUGCUGGUAUCGCCACCGAUGACUUUUGGUUGGGAAGUCUUGGAAUCAGUCCUUUGCCGAUGAAUUUCACAUCCUUGGACGAGCCAGUCUCCAGCAUACUCGAGAACCUGAGGAACACAAGUUUUAUACCUAGUACGAGCUGGGCGUACACUGCCGGAGCUGUCUACCGCCAGCCACCAGUCUUCGGUAGCCUCACCUUGGGCGGAUACGAUGCGAGUCGAAUGCAGAACUCUUCGAUAUCCCUGCCCUUUGGGGCUGACCAAUCGAGGGAUCUCCUUGUAGGCCUGCAGGCUAUCACGUAUGACACCUUUGGUAGUGAACCACUCUUGGCGCAGAGCAUCGAUAUGUUCGUGGACUCUAUGGUCUCCCAGAUGUGGUUACCGCUUGAUGUCUGUCGGCGAUUCGAGGAAGCCUUCGGUCUCACGUGGAACAAUGAUACAGAGCUGUAUGUGUUCAACGACACCACUCACGCCCAGCUGCAGGCACAGAACCCUUCUUUCACAUUUACGAUCGGUGCUUCUGCCGGCGGACCUCAAGGCAAUACGACCAACAUCAUCUUUCCGUACUCGGCGUUUGAUUUGAACAUUUCAGCUCCAUACGUCAAUGGGAGCCUGCCAUACUUUCCACUGAAACGUGCUCAGAACAGCUCGCAAUACACUCUCGGUCGAGUGUUCCUUCAAGAAGCAUAUCUGGUUGCGGAUUACGAUCGACGGAACUUUACCAUCGGCCAAGCACUGUUCCCUUCCAACUCCACGCAAGACCUGAAGGCUAUAAUAGCCCCUGGUACUGUCGUCAAUCAUGGAAGUGGAAGCAGCUCACUCAGCCGCGGUGCCAUUGCUGGCAUUGUAGUGGGAGUUGUUGUAGCAGUCGUGCUUCUCAUUGGUAUACUCGUGUACCUUCGCAGAAGACGCCUUCGACAACGCAAAGCGGCUCAAAUGGCAGAGCUAAAUGGAGUUGGAGCGACACCAGCCGCCAAAGAGUCUGCCAAUGGAGAAGAAUCAGAGCCAGAAGAAACGAAGCCUGUACAGCCUCCCCCUGGGGCAUCAGAGCUUAAUGGGUCGCUGGGUGGUACUGAACUGUCGGCAGCACCAGAUGCACAGAGAAUGGAGUUACCGACUGCCGUCAACAAGACGAAUGACACAGACCCCGAACAGCUUCAUGAGUUGGCUGGAGAUGGUAUUGCAGCGGCGGAGUUGGACUCACCUGCUCAGAAUUGGUCGAGAGAUCUGGCAAAACAAUAG